UGAUAUUAAAACAUGUAUAAGAUGACAAGUGUAUGGACUGCUUUAAAUUGUUGAAAAUUAUUUGAGUUCAAAUUAAGACAAUCAGACUGUAUUAUUUAUGGCUCAUCGACAGAAAAUAUGUUUAGUUAUAACUGGUGUUUAAUUAGUACUGUGUUGUGAAAAAUGACGCUUAAAAAGUCCGAUAUUAUUACUAUAUCACAAAGAAUACACGGCAGUUUUCAAGAAUUAAAUCCUAUAGUGCUUUGGAGUAAAAACAGGAAGAAAAAGGAUAAGGAUGAGGCUCCAGCAAGGAGUUGGAUAGAGGCAACUUUUCACAAACGGGAAUGCUCGCGGUACAUUCGCCAUACAAAAGAUCCACAAAGAUGCUGUUGUGGAAGAACAUUGGACCAACAUAAGCACGCAACUGAUACUCAGCCACCACAACCGGGAGAACUAUGGUAUCCGAGCAAAUGCACAGUCGCAAGUCCCACAGAUGCUUAUGGAAUACUCGAAUUCCAGGGCGGGCCCCAUCCCUCCAAAGCUCAGUAUAUCAGGGUAGCUCAUGACACUAAACCAGAACAUUUGAUGCAUCUAAUAACGCGAGAAUGGAACCUCGAAUUGCCGAAAUUGCUGAUAUCCAUCCAGGGAGGCAAGGCGAACUUCGAGCUGCAACCGAAGCUGAAGAAAGUGCUCAGGAAGGGUCUGCUGAAGGCCGCCAGAUCGACGGGAGCUUGGAUAUUCACCGGCGGUACGAACACGGGUGUUACCAAGCACGUGGGAGAUGCGCUGUUGCUGGAAAGAUCUCAACGAACGGGUAGAGUAAAUACUUUAGGAAUAGCCCCUUGGGGCAUCGUCGAAAAUAACCAAGAUCUCAUUGGCCAACACACCGAAGUACCAUAUCAUUCCAUAUCAUCGCCAAGAUCAAAAAACGCAGCUUUAAAUAAUCGACAUGCCUAUUUUCUUCUAGUCGAUAACGGUACUGUAGGAAAAUACGGCGCCGAAGUGAUACUUAGGAGAAAACUCGAAAAAUACAUAUCUAAACAGAGAUUAUAUCCUUUUACCCAAAGUCCUAUACCGAUAGUAUGUUUAGUAAUAGAAGGAGGUACAAACACCAUUAGAGCAGUAUUGGAAUAUGUAACAGACGAACCACCGGUGCCAGUUGUCGUUUGCGAUGGAUCCGGCAGAGCUGCCGAUAUUAUCUCUUUUAUGUGCAAAUACGAGUGUUCCGUUCUAAAAUCCAUGAAGGAGUACAUAAUAGCAACGAUACAGAGAGCUUUCGAAGUCGGCGCGGAACUAGCCGAAGGCCUAUUCGGAGAACUGAUGCAUUGCGUAGAAAACAAACAUUUAAUAACAGUAUUUCGCAUAGCCGACAAAUACGACCAAAAACCCCAAGAAUUGGACCAAACAAUCCUGACCGCUUUAUUCAAAUCGCAACAUCUCUCGCCCACCGAGCAGCUGAGCCUGGCGUUGACGUGGAACCGGGCCGACAUCGCCCGCUCCGAGAUCUUCGUCUACGGCCAGGAAUGGCCGGCCGGGGCGCUCGAGGACGCCAUGAUCAAGGCGCUCGAGCACGAUCGCUGCGACUUCGUCAAGCUGCUGCUGGAAAACGGCGUCAGCAUGCGAAAGUUCCUGACGAUACCGCGCCUCGAGAACCUCUACAAUUCCAAGCAAGGGCCCAGCAACACUUUAGGUUACAUACUCAGGGACGUUCGACCGCACAUACCGCCGGGCUACAUUUACACGCUACACGACAUCGGGCUCGUUAUCAACAAACUGAUGGGCGGCGCUUACAGGGCGUUGUAUACUCGAAGGAAAUUUCGUCCUAUUUACGCUAAGAUAAUGAACAAAGGACACAGCAUGGCGAACACGUCGGGAAGGAAUUUAGGAGCUAUGGGUUUGAUACCCGGAUGCAUUCCAGGAGGGGCCAGUCCUUGUUUGUUCGAUUAUCCUUUCAAUGAAUUACUGAUUUGGGCGGUUCUAAUGAAAAGACACAAGAUGGCGCUGUUGAUGUGGCAACACGGCGAAGAAGCCUUAGCUAAGGCUCUGGUAGCUUGCAAAUUGUAUAAAGCGAUGGCCCACGAGGCGGCCGAAGACGACAUGGAGACGGAAAUAUACGAAGAACUGCGAGCUUACGGGAAGGAAUUCGAAAAUAUCGCCUUGGAGGUGUUGGAUUAUUGUUAUAGACAAGACGACGAUCAAACGCAACAGCUGCUGACCUGCGAAUUGCAAAAUUGGUCCGGUCACACGUGCCUCAGCUUAGCCGUGACGGCCAAUCACAGGGCGCUGCUGGCGCAUCCUUGUUCGCAGAUCAUCCUGGCGGACCUUUGGAUGGGUGGAUUGCGUACGAGGAAAAACACCAACAUAAAAGUGAUUUUGGGGUUGAUAUUCAUGCCGUACAUCUUCAAAUUGGAAUUCAAAUCGAAAGAGGAGCUGCAGCUGAUGCCGCAGACGACCGAAGAGCACAUGGAAUUGGAGAACGACGACGACGACAAAUCGGAUUCAGAUAAAAAUCAAGACGGAGACAAGCGUACUAGAAGUUUGAGUAUUCGGCCCAGACCGUCGAAUUCGCCGGGCGUUAAGGCUCUGUUGACGGAAAAUUUCAUAACGAGAGACACCAUCGUGCAGGAAAACGGGAAAAUCCUUCCCGAAUUCGAAGACCCCAAAUACAAAAUAUACAGCAAAGGGCGCGAAUUGAAGCUGAAGAAGAAGCUGUACGAGUUUUACACCGCUCCCAUCACGAAAUUUUGGUCCAAUUCGAUCGCUUACAUCACGUUCUUGGUCCUCUUCAGCUACUCGAUACUGAUCAAAAUGGGCCAGUACCCCAUUUGGCAGGAGUACUUCUCGAUAGCGUUCAUCAUCUCGCUGGGUUGCGAGAAGAUACGCGAGCUGAUCUCGUCGGAGCCGGUGGGAAUGUCGCAGAAACUGGCCGUGUGGUCGUGGAACAUGUGGAAUCCCUGCGACAUGGCGGCCGUGUUCAUGUUCCUGAUCGGCAUGUCGCUGCGAUUCCAGGCGGAUACCUACAAGACCGGUAGGGUCGUGUAUUGCGUCAACUGCAUUUAUUGGUACUUGAGGAUUUUGAACAUCCUUAGCGUUAAUAAGUACUUAGGUCCGUUGGUAACGAUGAUGGGGAAGAUGGUGAAGAACAUGAUUUACUUCAUAGUGUUGUUGUUGAUAAUUCUCAUGAGUUUCGGCGUGUCGAGGCAAGCUAUACUAUACCCGAAUAAAGAGCCUACUUGGGAUAUUGCUAGAGAUGUGUUUUUCGAGCCUUACUUCAUGUUGUACGGUGAGGUAUUCGCCAGCGAAAUAGAUCCCAAAUGUGGCGAAGGCACGGAGGAAAAAUGCGAGACUGGUCGAUGGAUUUCUCCCGUCAUCAUGUCGAUAUACCUUCUAGUGGCGAACAUCCUGCUGAUCAAUCUUCUCAUAGCCGUAUUCAAUAAUAUAUUCAACGAAGUCAACGCCAUCGCCCACCAGGUGUGGAUGUUCCAACGGUUCACGGUCGUCAUGGAGUACGAGCAGAAACCGCUGCUGCCGCCGCCGUUCAUAUUCUUCUCGCACAUAUACCUGCUGUUCAAGUACUUCCGCAGGAAGAUGGAGGGCAUCGAGGAGAGCUACGACAACGGCCUGAAGCUGUUCCUCGACAAGGACGAGAUGGAGCGGCUCUACGACUUCGAAGAGGACUGCGUCGAGGGCUACUUCGCCGAGCAGGAGAACAAGCUGCAACAAUCGACCGAGGAGCGCAUCAAGAUCACCACCGAGCGCAUCGAGCACCUCACCCAGAAGGUCGAGGACAUCGUCACCAAAGAGAACCUCCAAACCACCGUUCUGCAGAACCUCGACGUGCGCACGCGCAAAUACACCGAUCAAUUGGAGGAGAUUGCCAACAACGUGGAGGUGCUGCGCCAGGUGGUGCAGGCCCAACCGUUCGGCGCCGACGCCGUGAUGACGGCCCAGCAGGCCUUGCGACAGAGGACCAUCAGCGAACAGAGCGAAUUGUCCGAAGAAAACACCAUCAUCGGGCAAUUGCUGCCCACUCAACCUAUCAGAAAGAAAACAGUCGUGCGAUCUUUGACUGAAGUUAGACCGGACGCUUAUAUAUUCGAUAAUGGACAGCACAUUGAGUACCGGUACGCCGAUGAAGAUGAUGACAACGAACAGAUGGAUAAUAUUUCUACUGCAGGUAGCAGGCAGCAUUUGAACUUGCUGAGGCAAAGGACCAAGAGCACCGAGUCUAAGACGUCGACGGAUAGCGACAAGAGGAGCGAGGACGUGAUAAUCGACGACAUAUCAGGUAUAAAUUUAGAGGCUCUGAGAUCGAGGACGGCGCAAAAACCGAGGAGGGAUUCGACGGGAACUAUACGAAGGGGGUCUGAAAGCGGUCCCGGUUCCCGCAAACGCAAUCCCUCCGAAAUGUCCAACCCCGAGAUCGCCAUCAACUUCGAAAAGGAGCACCUGCGCAGCGCCGAAGAGUGCGACUACAUGGUCAUGGAGAACCUCAUCCAGCGGCGCUACAGCGAAGAGGACGAGGCCGACAUCGAGGACGACGUCAUCGACCGGCUGCCGAUCAGAAAUCCGGCGCUGCUGAGCGUCGUCACCGAGACCAGGGAGUUCAGGGUGAACUCCUGGCCGACGAGGAACGCCCUCAAGCGAUCGGCCGCCGUCGAAGGGGAGCCGCCCGGCAUCGGGCAAUUAGGUUCUAGCAGUUCAUCCAACGAACGCCAGGAUUCGACAGAAUCCAGCGAUAAUCCUGCGACGAUUAAUCAGCCGGCCAUGCCGCAACGGCCUUCGAUAGUUAUCGACUCCUCUCAGUUGCCCACCGUCCAAAGGGACGAGCUGCCUUCGGCCGAAUCGAAGGGCAGUUUGCACAUGCAGUCGGAGACCAUGUGUUAGUAGAUUUUGAGAUAAUCCAACAGAGUAGAUUUCUUCGUAUUUAUUAUACUUCGUUUUCGUCCGUUAGUUCGAGUCGGCUUCGUUAUCGUGAUUGGUAGUUUGAAAACUAACAGCUUUUAUUUUUGGCAUCAUAAAGGACUGGGUUUUUGUAAAAAAAUGUACAACAUACUCUACUCACUAACGUCCCGGUAUUAUAAUUAGAUAUUCAUUUGGUGCAAGUAAAAUGUGCCUGAUGGUGAUCAUUAACUAACUUUUGAGGCUUUUUGCAAGUACUUAUACAAACCAAAUUACAUUCUUUGGCAUUCUGAAUGCAUGAUUUUUGACUAAUUUUGAGAGGUUCCAUUCGCUUUUAGACUACCACAAAUCGAUUUCGAAAGCUCUAUUAACAAAAAACAGGAUAAUUCGAGGGUUUUCCGGUUUCUACUCGUUUCUCUCACGAGCCACUGAAAUUGUAAUAUAAUCAAACUUUAUCAGUAUUAUUAACGAGUUACAAUACUUCUAUUUUUCUAGGAAACUAAAUAUUUUUUUACAAAUUACGGCAGGAACGAUGGCGAAACGGAAAAUUCCCGUUAUCUUUUCGAAGCACCGUCGUGUCACUUUUUAGGGAAAUAGGCGAAAUGAGUAAUUAAUGCAAGUUUGUUAACAUUUUUGAAAGAAAAUUGGCAACGUUGUAAUAUUACUUAUCAAGUUGGUAACUUUCAUUUUUUAAGUUGUCAUACAUGUUAAAAUGACGUGAUUCACGGAAUACUUUAAUUAGAAAUUGAAAUAUGAGGUAUUCUGUGAUCAAAUAAAAUUAAUUGACAGAUGUAACUGUCAUAUUGAAAAUUUUUCUAAAACGUUCUAGAAUUUUUGAUUAUUGUUUCGGUUUAUCGAUUUUUAACAGUUGCUUUGGUUUUAAUAAUCGUUUUUUGAUAAUAAUAAAGAGUAAAAACAGAAGUGAUGGUGUAAGUGUUUACAUUGAUGGCAAUAUCCGAAAUUUAGGAAUUCAGGUUAGUCAAAAAACCGACAUAUUUGCAUGAAUUUACUAAUAAUUUUAAUCUUUAUUUUAAAAUUGCAAAGUUUAACUGCAUUUUAUAUUUUUAAAUGGGUUUUCCUAACAUCCAAAAAACGUUUUUAUAUUAUUAUUGAUGAUUUAUAUCAUAUUUAUUUAAUUAGCGAUGAAUCAUUUUCGUGUAAAAUUUUACAAACUUGCAUAAUUUUUUCAUUCCGUAUCAUUUUCUAACUUUAUACUAUUUCCAUGUAUCGUACACUAAUAGAUAGAUUUAAGUAAGUAAAUGUAAUUUGCUGCGAUAAUCAAACGAACAUAUUCUUAUAAAUAAUGUCCACCGAUAAUCAGAAAAAUUAAUAAUUUUUUUGUCAAUAUACUUUUUCUAAUAUUUAUUAAAGUUCUAUUAUAUCAAUAGGUACAUAUGGAAAUAUUGAAGUGUGUGAAUUUAUUUUUAUGUUAAAUAAAUAUAUAAAUAAAUAAAUGAAUAACUAAAUAAAUUGAAAUUGUAGGAAAUAUUUUUUUGUAAAACUAAGCCAAUGAUUGAAAUGUUAGUAUAAUCUGUACUAAUGUGAUAUUUUAAUGGUGUAGAAAAAAAUUAUUAAUUUGCGAAAAAUGAUAAUUUCGAUCUACAUCGUUUCGUAUUUUAAUUUAGGGUUCGUAAUAAAUUUGACAAUAUUAGAGUUAUUUGUAGAAAAACAAAAAUCGUUUCUAUUGAUAAAGUCUAAAUUUUGAAACUGUUUAGAACUGGGUGUACUAUAUUUUGUCAGUAGAAAUGCUAUUAAAAAAUUUAAAUUCUCUAUCAAAUGAGUACUUAUCUUUUUCAAAGGGCUUAAAUUAAACACGCGACUAUCUAAAAACCUAAAACAAUCAAAAUAUAUUGUUUUUCAAACAAACUAAAUCAUUUUAGAUGCUUUUAUCUAAUUAACUAAAUUUUUACGUUAUUUAUUUCAGUGAAAUUCUUUUAUAAACCUUUAUUAAAAUUAUAAUUUAGCUCAAAAGUAGUGCUCAACUAUUUUUAUCAAUUAUAGGUACAUAUUUUGUAGAUUGGAGAAUUGUGCUUAAUAUAAAGUUUUAUAUUGGUGUAAUCAUUCAAAAAUUUUUUUCAGAUAUUUUGUUAAUUAUAAUUGCAUCACAAUAGAUAAAUUUUCUUUCGAUUCCUGAAUUGCACGCUCAAAUAUUUAUUGUCUCGCAAUUUUUUGUUUAAGCAAUCAUCUCCAGCUACCGAUUUUUAGACAUAAUUUAGUAGGAAUCAACUUUAUAUUAUCAAAAAAAAAUAAACUAUUUGAAACAUCCUGGAGAAAUUACUGUAUUGUGAAUGUUAUAAUAAAAUCCGAAUUUUUCAUUGUACAUUGUUCAUUUACAAACAGAUAGAAUAUCCUUUAGUAAUACUUCAUUUUGAAAUCGAUAUAAAAACACAAGUAUUAUAAUAAAAAAAUAUAUAAAUAUUUUUGUCGUUAACUACCAAUAAUUGUAACUCAAGUACCCUUCGGGCGAUUCGAAUUUUCUCUUCUUGGAAUAAUCAUCGAUUAGUAACUGCAAUCUGAAAGAAAAAUAAAUAUUUCAAUUGGUUUAAUCGGUACUAUUUUAUUAAGUACCUCGUAGUAGCUCCACCGGUGCAUUGAGUCUUGCAAUUCGGCCCGAACGAUACGGCAACAAUCCUCAGCAAUUUCUGGAACAUUCUCCCGUAGCACGUUUCCAGCUCGAAUCCGGCCGUUUCCAGGAAAGCGUGGAUCAACGUAGCCGUAAUAUCGAUUUGAGGCUCUAACUUUAGAGUAGAAGCCAACCAUUUCCAACCGUAUUGGAUGUUGUAAACGUUCCUGUGGCCUUUUUUCGGCUUCACCACCAUUAUAGCUGCGUACAAUCGCAUCAGUCCUGGAAAAUUAACGUUUUAAUAAUAAGUUAUGCAGCUACUGUAAAACAUUACCCGUCAUUCUUUUGAGAUAUUUAUCUUGUUUCUCGAUUUGUCCGUUGGGGUAUUGGUAGCCUUGUCUUGUGUAGUACAUCUCGUCAGUUUCGUCUACUUGCCUCGGAAUGUGGUACGGUACUAAAUGCGGGCAGUUUUUGUAGAAACACGCUAGUACCAGUUGCCCGAAUAAGGGGAAUUCGUUCCACAGCGACAUGAUUACAGUAGCGUAGCAAAAGGCCGAACCGGGGUUGCUCGAUAUGAUCAAAUCGCUUUGUAACACGAAUUGUUUGGCUAAUAAAUUCAUACAAAAGGAGACUCCCAAUGGAUGAGCCGAGGCGUUUACUCUGUUGUCGCUGAUUAUUACGUCCUGGCCUUUUAAAAGUCUGUACAGUUUGUUGUAUUUAUCUAGGAUGUGUUCUGUAUUGACGCCGGAGAGUGAAUUCACGGGGAUGUUUAUGGCUUUCUUGCAAUCUAGGAUGAAUUUUUUGUGGGUUUUGUCGGUUUCUAAAGCCUUCAAGCUCGUGGUGAAUUUCUCGUAGAAGUCCAUCAGUUUCACGUACAUUUUUAUGUUCGAUAAACUCACGAAUUUGGUCAAGUUUGUUAGUUCCGGUUGUUCGGUUUGGGAAAUGGCCGGUGUAGCAGGAGGUAGAGGUGCAGCGGUAGCUGUAGGAACUUUAGGUUUGGUCGCUUCGACGUGCGAUUUUUCAACGGUUUGAUUGACUUCGUCGACGCUUUGGCUUAUUCUUUUUUCUAGAUUUUGUAAUUCUGAUACGAGUUCAGCGGCUUUUGCGACAUCGUUCUCGGUUAGUUUACCGCUCGAGCAUCUGCUGAUGAUUUUGUCAAAGUUUCCUUGAAUGACGUUGAGUUGUUUGUAGUCUUCAGAAAGUUUAGAUUUUAGCAUGUCCGAGUUUACGCAUCGCUUCAGGUUCAACAAAAUGUGUUCGUAGGAACUUCUGUAUGAGGCUUGCAAUUUUUUUACGUUAUCGAUGCAAUCGAAUAAUAUUUGCUUUUCUUUUUCUCUCUUUUUUAAUUCCUUUUCGUGUUGCUGUCUGCGUAAUUCUAAUUUUUUGUAGUACAAGGCCAAUUGAGCGUGAUCGUUUGAGGAGGUUCUAUCGUAUUCUUCAAGGGCUUGAAAUAUGUCGUGUUCUUUUUGUUGAAUAUCGUUGACGAAUUGCUGUUGUUUGUUUAUCCAUUGUUGUUUUCGAUGCACUUCUUGAUUUUUGGAGAAGUCUUCGAAUUGUUUUAACCUAGAUUGAACGUUUUUGACCACUUCCUUUUGCCUUUGAACUUCUGCUGCGUAAAUGUAAUCUUGCACCAGGAGUUUUUGCGCCGGCUGCACGGCGUUUGCUUCGUUUUUAUCAUUUUCCUUUUGUAAAUCUAAAUGAAUUGGUUCAGUCCGUUGUUGUUUAUUUUCGUCAGUUGUCGUAUUACUGAUAUUAAGUUUUUGUAAUUUAGUUAACACCGAUGUUUUUAUUUGCAGCUCCAAUACAUUCGCAUCUUCCAUAUUUUUAACUAAUAACUUCACAUUUAACAAAUUUCUAACUGCAAAAUUAUGUUAUGUUGUGUUUAUUUCACUUUAAAAAAAUUGUCAAUGUC